CCUUAAUUUCGGACUCGUGUUUCCUCCGGAGGAUUUUAAAGAUCGCGAAGGCAGCAGUCAGAAGUUGGUGUAGUAUUGAUUAUUGGUUUGAUAUUGAUCUGUGAGAAUGCAGAGCGGCUGGUCUCUGCUAGGUCCGCUGCAGUGGAUCCGUUACGUCAACACACAGGUGAAGGUGAAGGCGGGAAUAGAUGAAGAGCACCGCGGCUGGCUGCUCACCGUGGACCCGGUGUCCGCCAGUCUGGUCCUGGUGAACUUCAGGGAGGAGGGCAGUGCAUCGGUGCAGGUGGUGAUGGGUCACGCCGUGGAGGAGGUGGAGGUCCUGCAGGAGGCCGAUGAGGAGACCACAGAGCGUCUCUGCAUCUCCUUCCUUCCCUUGAAGACCCCCAGGCUGGACCCAGAGGAGCUAAGGAGGAGGAGGGGGGGCGUCCGGAGGUGGCUGGAGAAGAACUGGAUCCCGGUAGUGGAGGAGGGGGAGGAGCUUAGGGUGGCGGGGGUCCUCACCAUCACGGCCCCCUACGGACCUGAAAACUGCUGCAGCUCCAACCAGAUCAUCCUGGACCGCAUCCAGAAACUGAUCCAGACUGAACCCCGACUGGAGCACAGCAGCAGCUGUGACUGACAGCUGGUCUGAGAUCAGCUGCUGCAGUCCAAUAACAAUCACUGUGUGUGAAAGCUCCGCCCCUUUGCCUGCUGAUGUCAUCAGUCUGACGAGGAUGAGAAACAAGUUCAACUAUUGAAUCAAUAACUGUUUAAUAUUUAAGCCUGAUCAGAUCUGUCUCAGAUCUUCAUCAAUCGAUCAAUAAAUUAUUGACUCACUGAU